CAACCGAGUGACCUCGAACCUCCCAGGAUGGAUUCCCUUUCAGAGACGGAGAUGGCAAAGAUAGCGAGGCUUCCGGUAGGAAACCAGCCGGGCCUUUCCUUUUGCUACCUGGUUCAAAUGCUGCGUUCAGAGGAAUGCUGGCAUCCAAAGAUUCAUCCAUCACUUCCAUUGGUUCGAGUUUACCAACGAAAAGCUGCCUUUGCAUCAAGAGUUUGUAUAUGAUGUCGCCAUGUUCACCGCAGGGCAAGGCUUCUCCUGGGCCGAUGUGAUCUGCUCAGCUGUGCUUGCCAAGGUCAUCUUCCCACAGUCGUAUGAAUUCGACCUAAACAAUUUCUGGUCCCUGCUCCGAGAUGUGCUGUGUGAGCAUUUGCCAUACUUGACGCCCUUACACCGGCAUGUCUUCACCCAGUACCUGAUCGACACUUGCGUCUGCAGAAGGAGGCUGUUCCAGGUGGCGGUAGGUGUAACGGCUGAGGAGCUGCUUGUUCUGAGACAGCUGGAGGUGCAGCUGCCGCCCACCCCCUGCCCUUUAGCACAGGGCACCGAUCUUGAGAUGUGGGAGGCGCAGUCUGAGCUGCGAGCAAAACUCGAUUCCUCCCUGACGCAGUUGGAGGAAAAACUCAAAUGUGUCCUGGCCGAGCCACGCGUCACUCUGGAGGACUUUAACGUCCCAUCAGACGGGGAACUGGACAAAGAGAGCGCUGUGGGGCUGGUUCGAUCUGCAGUCAAAGCCACAGGAGGCCAAGUGCUGGCAAGUCUGAGUCAAGAGGUGUCCCUCCGCAAGGAGAUCUUUCAGAUCAAAAUGCAGCAGGAGGCUUUGAUUGCUGCUGGACGCCCGAAAAUACCAACUCCUGUAGUGACAUCAGCAAAGACAAAGGGAGCAAAAACAAAAGCAGGAAAGAAGAAAUAACUGGAAACGUAAAAGCUGAUUUAAUUAAAAGAGAAA